CAUCUUUUUCUGUUUUGAUUUGUAUUUUUCAACAAACGCAGCCAGGCCAAAUAUCGCAACAGCAUCACCUAUCGAAACACUGACAACAACAAGAGAAAAAGCGUAUUCAUCACAAUUGGGAACAUUUCGUGGCAGAUAUGCCAGCACCAAGAGUCACACGUUUUUAGCAGCGUUGCAAAUCGAAGCGCGCCAGCAUUGUGAGCGAAUAAACAAAAAAAUACCCACUUCGCUGCCAACUACGUCAGAUUUGAGUCAGUUGCAACGGCCGCGGCCCUUACAAUACCAGAAGCUGACGCUGGAAUUUUCCGAUGCUGAUGAUGCGCAGCAGCUAAGACAUCCACAGAAGCAACAGUCGGAUAACAGCCUGCAACAGUCGGAUAACAGCCUGCAACAGCUGCAAAUGUCAGCGACGAAAUUGCAAAACACCGCACGUAUUACUAGCAGAGAGAAGAGCGGACGGGAGCAAAUACAACAACCAGAACAGCAGCCUCCGCUGAAAGGACAACAGCAAAUGAUAGUUGCUGAUGUUUUGUCUCCGGUUGUGGGAGUCGAUAAUGGCGAUGGCGCCAACAAAGUGGCCAAAAAACAUCAAUUCUGCACAAAUGUGUACAAGAAUAACAACAGCAAUAACGACAAUCGAAAUGAGACUACAGAAGGUGAACAAUUGCUUCCUUUGACAAGCAGUGUAUUAGCAGCGCCAACGGGUGCGCCGAGGCAAACAAUGAACGCGCAGCAUUCAUGCAAUAAUUAUGAAAACAGUCCGAAUGAUCAAAAUAAUGGCCACACGCCAUUACUGUUACCCCAGUUCCCGCCGCUCGCGUCGCAGUCGGCCUUACAAUCGCGUUCCACUGCAGCGACGGCGACAACUGAGUCAGCUUACUCGGCGGCCGUUGGUAAAAAUACGCUCAAUUUUUGUGAGCGUUGCUGUGAAAGCGCUAGCAUGGCCAGCGACAAUUAUGCUCAGGGCGCAAACGCCGAUCGCAAAAAGAAUUCGAGUGGAGAGGACCACUAUGAAUUCUAUCGCGAGUUCAACGAUUCAGUCUCAAAUCUGUCGUCGUACCGAUUCAUCUCCGAUGAUGAUGAAGUAAGCGCGAGUAUAUCUGCUAACGAAACGGUUGCCACAGAAGAAACAUUCAAUAUCGAAACCAAACACUACGAACUCAAAGGCAAUAACAGCAACAACAAAGUAGAAAAAGACAUCAUAUUAGGCAAAAAUCAAAACAUCGCGCCGUCGGGAGCGUAUUCGUACUCGAACUCGUGCUCGUACCCGCCAUUGUCCCCGGAAUCGCCAUCGUUGUUGACGCAAAAGCGUUUUCCGUUGCCAACAUUGUUGACACCCGCCGCAGCACAAACAAUAAAAAUAGCCGCACCGCGUUGUGCUUCGCCUACAAUUUGUUGUUGUAAAAUUGACAAACCCAUCAGCUUACAUUAUAACGCGACUGUUUUGGAAUACAUACCAAACGAAACAAAGGCAACGUUUCCAACACCCACGCCCGAUAUCGCAUAUUCAACAGCUCCCGUACCGAUUCCGAAUACUUCUGGAAGUACGAACAGAUUCCCAGCGGAAGAAAUCGGGUUAAGUGAAUGUUUCUACCAUGAGGAGCUUCUGUCUACAUCACUGCCAAGUAACUACGGUAGUGUGAAAAGUAUUGAAAGGCCCCUACGGAGUACCCAGCAUAACCCGAAAAGGUUCAAACCCCCUCCUCCCGAACCGCCACCGAAGCCAAAACAGGAGAGAAGACCAUUCUAUCGGACCACAAUAUAUUCGAGCUCCAGUGCAUCAGCGCUAGAGAAUCAGGGCCAGGUAGAAAAAAACUCUUACAAUAACGAGCGAUCUAGCUUAAAUGGACAGAACUUCUAUACGAACAACGGACAAAAGCUCGGAAAGCCAAAGUCGUUGGUAUCUAUUCCUUCGCAGUCAUCAACACGCUAUACACGCUAUAUUUCCAAAGAUGCUGGAAACUCUGCCCUUCAUAUUUCCAAAGAUGCUGGAAACUCUGCCCUUCAAUUGUCACCUCCCAUUGAACGAUCCGUUUCGCCAGAGCAUUGUGAGUUGUUGAGUUGCUUUGGGACGGCUAAAAAUACUCGAAGCGAGUCCGCAAAUCGAAACGACGAGCGUCUAGGUGACGCACGAGGAAAAGAAAAUAGCCGCCACGAGAAACAGCGAAUAAAAAGAAAUGAAAACAUAGAUAUAGGAAAUGAAAAGGCUGCGAAAUUUAUAGCGCGUAGUUUAAGUGAAAGCAGCUGCUUGGUGUCGGCGGUAACGACACUUGUCAAUGAAAAGUGUGCUAUCGAAAACAAAAAUAAUCACCACCACCAGCACAAGUCACAGCCUGCACGUCAAUACCUGGUAGACGCGCAAUUACAGCUACCAACAUCGUCGUCUAAUCACCAUAAUAAGAAUAAUCAUAUUAACAACAAUAAACGGCAGCAUUGGGGUGAUUUCGAGCAUAGUCAACGAAGUGCAGCCAACAGGAAAAAAUCAGCGGCGACAAGUGUCUACGCUGUCGCCGAUGUAAGUGGCGGCGUGUACGACGUUCUUGACACGCAUGCCGUGGCUAGUGGAAAUAGUAUCGCAUGUGGCGAAUGCAAUAACAACUACAAUUGCAAGGCAAGGUGUCUCGCGGAACACGCCAGGUUGGAGGCAGCGCCACCACAUUUUGGUGUGGUAAUUGGCGAGGUGUUGAGUCAAAGUUCGCAGUCAUCAAUAUCUUACUUGUCUUCCUCACUGCCAAAACGUACGCUGCGUUACGAUAGUUAUGGCCGUUUGAAGUCUGAACGGGUACCGCGUCUCCCUACUGUGACAAAAUCACUAGCCAACGGUCGCAAAGCAACCAGUGAGACGCGUCUGCAUCGUGCGUUUCAGAAUGCCUUAGCCCCAUCUGAGUGCGAUUUGCUUUCCUCUCUGUCGGUCAGUAGUAUUAAGUUUACUCCUACCUUGGGCCGAAAAUUUAAUUAUUUAAGUGAUAGAUUUGAAGACUAUGUCGUCGCGUGUGAAAAAUAUGAAUUAGGUUCUACAUGUGAAGAAAGUGAAACUACCCCGAAAUCAAAGCCGAAUCAUAGUGUGCAAAAGAUAAUUAUUACCAAUGACGAACCAAUCUCAUCGGCAAUUAAUGCAAAUACUACCGACGUGUUACAGUCAAACUCUAUUGAUAACCUGCCAACCAGUCACGUAUUAGACGAAGAAGUAAAUGUUUCUCUUCCAAAGACUGUGCCAGCGCCACAAAAGAUUUAUAAAUCUUUCAGUGAUACUCAAAAUUUCUUGUCCCACCACAAAGCGAAUCAAGAAAGGAUAAACAAUAAUAAUAUUGAGGCAUGGCAAUCAAAACGUUCCAUUAGUGACUUUUCGCUCAAAUCGGCUUUUGCUGAAUCGGAUAGUAGUUUACCAUGUCAGUGUUCUUCUAAGCAACCCAUAUCACCGACAGAUACCACAUCGCCCUCUUCACCGACUUUGCCAAUAUCAUUACAGUCCCAGAAAUCGUCUGGUGGGUUAAACCAGAAAAAUUCACAGUCCCUUCCAAGCGUUCCACAAUCGAACGAUACGAAUAGUCCGCAUUGGCUUAGUUGUGAGACUCUUGCGUCGUCGCGUCGGUCUGAACCAAAAUCUGGGUUGGACGAUUUGCAAUCAAAUUGCAGUGAUCAAACAACUAUUUUCCACUUGGAUAACGAAUGGUCCCUAUCGGCUUCAUCUUUGUCGCCAACAUCUCAGCCCACGCUAAUCACCGGAAAUAGUGGCCACAUCUCAAGGGGUCCAGUUGUGCUAAAACGAAUUCCAGAGAUACACUCAUUCGGGCAUAUUCCGCAAAUUCAGUCGAAUACUCAGAAAAGCGCUAAUGUGCGUGAAGAAGGCGAAAAAGAGGUUAAUAUGGAGAAACGUCGGAAUACCUUGGAUCGUUUUCAACGUUUAGGCUUCGGUCGAAAGAGUACACCAACGCCGAGUGGGGCGUCCACGGAAAGCGGUGGCUCCUCACGAAAUCGUAAAUCCACUGAGAAAUCAGAGCGAUUGAGGGAACUAACAGAACUGCUGCGCGGCAAUAGAUCUUCGCCAACUCCGCCACCUAUACCGCCGCCACGGAAGCCACGUCAUGGAUCUCACUCGGCGUCUAAUAGCUUGGAACGUUCUGAAACACAGGCGCACGCUCCUGCGGUGAGGACUCUUUCUGCUACCACUUCCUCAUUGGACAAUACUCCGUUGUCAUUCAUGUCGGCCCGGUCUGAUGGCAUCAUGCUGAUGGACCAAGAUGAGCAAGCUGCUGACUAUCCUUCUGCUGGUACAAGUACGAAAGACUCUGUUAAGAUAGAUGCAAAAAACGAUUUUAGCAGAAGCGAUCUGCCGUCGAAAGCAGAAGUUUCAGGAACAGAAGCAAGAGCAGCAGCAGCGCAGGCGGUAGCAACAACUAAAUCGCUGACAUCAACAGCCAAACUAUCCGAUACACUCAAACCAAAUGCCAGUCUGUCGAAUUUCGAAUCGCUGAUGUUGAUGGGCAGAGAGCAAUCAAAGUCCCCGCCACAGCGACCCGCUGCAAAUGUUGUCGCAAGUGGCUCUGUAAAUGCCGACAGUGCACAGCUGGCCAACAGUUCGGAUAUAGCUACCAAGCUGGGCAGACCAGAAUCUCGCACGGUAAUCGGCUCAUACACCCAGAAGGGCAUUCCAUUUCGUUCAGCUUCGUUUUCUCAAAUUGAUAUUUCGUCUGGAAAGUACAAAAAGUGUUCGUGGAGCGCAUUGCGUGAUCGUUUAUGGCGUGAAAAAGUGGUUGGAUCAGUUGAUUCCGCAACGAAUACGAAAAAAGGCAGAAUCGAAGAAGCAAGUGGCGCAUUGACGUCUGCCGUUGCAACUGAAGUGAAAGUGAAUUCUGAGCCAGAUUGGAUUUACAUACCGUUGAAAAAGAAAACUGAAAUGAGUAUUAACUUAAAUUACGGUCAAGAUAUGAGUAAUCUAGAGAAGGUAAUCGAAUCGCCCGAUAUUAUACCCGAAGAAGAUAUAUUCAACACUGAUGCAGAACAUUCCUCUAGUGCUACCGAAGACAGUAAAGAGGCGGUUUUAAAAACUAAUCUUGUAAUAGCACACGCUAAAAUGGAGUCGUUAACAGACACGAUUCAUUCCGAAAACGACUUUACGAUUGAGGCGGAGGAAGUAGCUCUGGCUAUUCAGCCAGUGUCAGCUGUUGUGGAGUCGGAAGAGGGUUUAGUUGAACAGGCAAAAGUCAUUGAACAGCCAACUAUUCAGGAGCCUAUUAACGCAGAGCUAAUGGAACCGAAUGUGGCAAUGUUAAUGGAAGAACGAAUGCCACUUGAAUCGCCUCCUGAUAAUUUUUUACAGACAGCAACCACUUGCCUGAUUCCGGUGCCAGUUUACGAGUGUGCUGCCCAGGAGUGGCGUUUGGAGAAUCCUCCGCAGGAAUGGGUGGAGGUUCAGCCUGAAGAGUUUGGCAUAAUACCGGAAGCAAUAGAGCCGCUAUUAUCGCUUAGUGACUGCGUAAAUGUAAAGCAUGUAUCAAAAACGGCGCAGGAGUACCGCGUGGAAAAUCUUCCAACAAUUUCAGUUAGUCGUUCUUCAGAAGAAGCAGACGAUAAAUGCAUUUUGAGGCGGAAAGAUACCUUUGAUGAAGAGUUCUGUGACCUUGUGGAGAGGCGUCAAGCGUCAAUAGAUACGGCUGAACUCAGCAAGAGAUAUAGCAAUGACGAUGACCGAUGUCUAGGUAAGGAGAAACGAGCAUCUUUAGAAGCCAUUACUACUCGACACAGUACAGACGAGCGCAAACGCAUUGACAAGUCGAAGCGGCGGAAGGGAAUGUAUAUUGAUAAUGCUGCUUGGAGCGAGUCUCCUGAUGUGGAAGCGCACAGCAGGGGUUUGGCGUUGGACAUUUCACUGGCUAACUUAAAUGUCAUCAAACCGGACACGCCAGAUGAAUGUGCAAUAAUGUAUAUUAAUAGCCCACCCACAGAUGAAAAAAGGACGCCAGGCUCCCUAUACUCACCUGAAAUAAAUACCCCGGAAUCGGAUAAGCCGCCAGAAUGGACAAAGGCGGAUCGCCUUGCUAGUUUUAGCCUUCAAAGUUCCGAGGAUAAGGAAGAUAUUCAGGGUGUAAUGGGUAGUGGGGGUAACCUUUCACGCAACAAUCAAAGUUUUCCUUUCUUACGUACUGACUCAGUGUCCGACAACGAAAGUGAUCGGGGUCCAUCAUAUUGUCGCGAGCACGCCAGUCCAAGUCCUGUUCCUGGUGACUACGAUUUUAAGCGGUAUUCAAAACGACCACUCCGUGGGCCUUACGGUCAAAUGCUGGAAAAGGAAAUGAAGAAGCCCAACAAAAUGCAUUUCGAGGAAAUAUUGGAGGACCUCCGUGAAUCUGAGGUUUCCUCGCAACCGCGCCGCCCACGUAUCGCUUAUGAUGAUUCCAGCGCCAUUACGGCGACCAGUACCCGAAAUAUACCUCACCAUUCGAAUUCGAUGCGAGUACGCAAGUCAAAUACAUUUCUGCCUGUACCGGCACAUGCAAGAGCAGCCUCUACGCCAUCUCAAAUAGAGAAUGUAAGCAAAAGCGGAGCCAUCGGCAGCUUGGAGAAGAUUCAUCCACACGAGAAGCGCUACCAAAGCACGCUGGAUAACUCAGUAACUUCUGCUGACAAGGAUUAUCAAGAUGCGGGGCAUCAUUAUCCAAAUCACCAUCUUCACCAACGCGAAGUAAAACGCGCAGCUUCGGAGGCUCCUGCUCAAAAAAGCCAUCAUAACAAACGCAGUCAAUCGAUGAGCGGAGAAAAAACCGCCUCGGGUGGUACACAUAUCGUACACCAGGCAAAUCGUAGCCUCGAUGCUACUACCAGCGGAAGCGCCAGGGGCAAUUCCAAUUCCGGUAAAAGCUCCACAAUUGUACCGUCACAGGAACUGUUGGCCGAACUGCUGAAAGGCUCCAGUGAGAAGUUGAUAUCUGAGCAGCGCCAACAAAUGGCAGCGGAUACACGCACCCACGUUGUACAAGAAAUCUUACGUAACGAACAGUCAUAUGUUGAGUCACUGCAAACAAUCGUCACAAAAUAUCUGAAGGUACUCAAAUCUCCCGAGCAUGCUGGCAUGAUCGAUUCACGUACUGUGGACGAGAUUUUUUUUAUGGUACCCGAUAUACUGGAGAUUCACGAAAAAUUUCAUGCUGAGCUGAAAUCGCGUUGGGAAAGUUGGGAGGCGAACCAGAAAGUUGGCGACGUUUUUCUUGAAACGUUUUCAAAGCUGGAGGUGCUGGAAGUAUACACUUCAUUUGUGAAUAACUGCAACCGCGCGAAGAACGCUAUCCGCACUACGAAACACCAACGACCAUCGUUUGCGAAAUUCUUGGAAAUAACUGCCCGCGAGCAUAAAGGAAAAUUGACGCUAGACAACCUACUCAUCAAACCGGUACAAAAGUUCCCUAAUUACGAAAUGCUCUUUCAAAGACUUAUAAAGCACACUGAUCGCCAUCAUCCCGAUCAAAAGCAUCUACAGGACGUGCUAAAGCUUGUCCACGACAUACUUGUUCAUAUCAAUUGUAAGGAGCGCGAAAUACUUGAAAAUGGGCAACGCGAAGCUACUUUGCGGGAGCUCGAAGGUGUUAUCGAAGGUAUCACAGACCUGAUAACACCCGAUCGGCAAUUUCUACUCUUCGAUUUGGUUUCAAUGCCGUCCGGGCAGGGUGCACGUAAAGAGCGCGGCUUCUUUCUGUUCAAUGAUUUAUUGGUGUUGACAAGUAUCAAGAAACGUAGCGGUACGAUACGAAAGCCUAAUCCCUCUACCUGCCCUGGUACUGUAGCCUCUACUUUGGAUACUAACAAAUACAAGUUCCUUACAAAAAUCUCCCUCGACUGUUUAGAAAUUGUGAAGACUAAAGAUGAAAACGUGAAACGCAUAAUGAAUGAAAUUGAAAAUUUGGCCGAAGACUGCAAUAAAUUACAACAAAUCGCCGACAUCACUGCAUCGCUGCAAUAUCCACACCAGUAUUUGGAGGAUGUCAUACGUGAACUUCUAAGAGAUGUGCAGCGGCAGCUGUCGGAACGUCAGACAAAUGACACGCAACUGAAUCUGCUGGAACUGCUGGUCAAUUCACCGAACGGAAGCCAAAAACUAUCGAUCGUCUUCAGCAAAGCUGAGAAACGCACUCAGUGGGAGGUGACCUUCAAUGAAGCUAAACAGAAAAUGGCUGCCACACUCGAGCGACACCCCAUUCCAGAGUUUUUGAUGUCUAUACCAAUACGGAAAACUCGUGCAGGACUACAGUUUACAUGCGCUGCGGCCACGCUCAGCGAGAAGCGCGAUGUGUGGGUGUGCAACAGCGACGGAUACGUAGGACAAGUGUGCAUUAUGUCUCUCUACCCGGAGCCAAACGUGACCAGCUGCAAUGGCGUUUGUAAUGCUCGAAUUCUUUGCGUGGCCUCAGUACCUGCCUACAACCCAAACAAUAGGAACUCCGCAAAUAGUGGCACGCAGCAGCCAAAACAGUCGCAUCCACUCAGCGCCAGUACUACGCCACAACACAGCUACACGCAGAAAUUGAGGGACUAUCGCAAAAGCAUCUCGCCGAACUUCCAACCAUCAACUGUGAUUGGCACACCGGAAAAGAAAAAGACGCCAUCAGCACCUGUAGCGGUUGCGGUGAACUCAACUGACUCCGGCAACGCCUCCGCAACGGGUAAUGCAAGUAGUCACGGCAGUGCUGAAAACCAACUUGAUUUGAAUCUAAGUUCCAGUGAUGACGAGACAGAUACUGGUCUUAUAAACGUUAGUGCUGUUGCUGAAGCUAUAUGCAGUAACGGCAGCAGCACCGUAGAACGCGUACCCAGUCCUGCUCCCUCGGUGCAGGCAAUCGCUUCGGUGACAUUGCCGGGCAGCAGUAGUAGCGGAACACCAUCGCAUCACUCGCACCAAGACUCAAAUCCAGACGAUGGCGAUGGAAAUUUAUCAACUAUGUGGAUUGGCACGGAAGACGGCUGCAUUCAUGUGUACAAUAGCACCGAUAAUAUUCGCAUCAAGAAGAAUAGAAUUAAGAUUGAACAUCAGUCGGCUGUGUAUUCCAUUUUGUACCUGGAUAAUCGUGUAUUUGUUUCUUUGGCCAAUGGUGAUAUCUGUGUAUAUCUUCGAGAUGGAGUUGCCUGGAACACUAGUUUGUCGCACUGUCUUUCAAUCGGCACCGUAACAAGUCCUGUAACCAAGUUGCUGAAUGUGCAAGGAAAGCUGUGGUGCUCCAUACAAGGCAUUAUAAAGGUUUUGGAUACAGAUACUCUCCUGGUGGUCAAUAAAAUACAAAUCUCAUCCGACUCAAAACCAAUCACCAACAUGACUGUGUCGAACAAUUACGUGUGGAUUUCAAUUCAAAACUCGGCCCAUAUAAAGUGUUUUCAUUCCAUGAGUCACCAGUUAAUAGCCGAAGUCAAUCUGGCGCCGGCUGUGAAUAAAAUGCUGUCGAAUUGUGAUGAGAUCAUUCGCCAGCACAAAGCCGCCUGCUUACGUGUCACAUCGUUGCUAUCCUGCAGAGACCUCAUUUGGAUCGGCACAAGUGCAGGCGUCUUGCUCACAAUUCCGGCGCAGGGCUUCGAGAAGGGAGUGCAAAAUGUUGUGCCUACUGGAAUACCGCACGGCCACACGGGACAUGUGCGCUUCCUGACAUUUGUUGAGACCAGCGGUCUAACUUCGGAAGUCAGUUGCAGUAGCACAGGCUCAGCAGGCCGUGAUACCGAAAAUGCGGGGAGCAGUAGUGAGUACAGGAGCCAAAGUUCUGCGAAGCAUUUGAAGCCAAAGCCGGAAUCCAGUACUAUUCUAGUAAUUUCUGGUGGCGAUGGCUACGAAGACUUCCGUAACUCGGGCGCGAAUUCAUUAAGCGAAAUCGCCGGUCGUGAGGACAGCACCAAUCAUUUGCUUAUAUGGCAAAUUUGAAGUAGGCGCCGCAAGAAUCGCUGGAAGGAACUACUUUCACGGUGGAAAAACAACAACUAGUGGUGGCAGCGUAGACCGGGCGGGUACCGGCGAAAGCGUGGAAUCAAUCGACACACGAGCACAAGCAUCUAAAUACAUAUGUAGAAUGCAAUGACUUAGUGACGAUACGCACACUUUCUGGCAAAGAGGCAAUUUUAUGCGUUAAUACGUUUCCUGCUUCGCGACUACCGAACGGAUAAUGAAACAAAACAUAAACACACAAACAACGCAAACAAGCGUUGAUAUCCAAAAAAACGGGAUAAUUUGUAAUCGGAUAAUUGUUUGCACACUUUUAUUUUUACUGACUACGCCAAUUGGGCUAUGCGAAUGUAAAAUUUCGACUCGUAGACUUAAAUACCUACUAGUUAUUGAGAUUAUGUAUUAUUGCUGAAAAGCUCACAUACACAACACACGCCUACGUACAUUCAUAUAGGCAUACAUCAACGGCGGCACUUGUUUUGCCGCCCAAACGAUUCUAAUAAUUCGAAAAGCGAGAAUACAAAUAUGUUUUAAAUAAUGGAUAAGGUUAUAAAACAAUUUUACAUAUACAUACAUAUGUAUAGAAUGUAAGUGUUUGUUUAUACGUUUUAACAUUUGCGUAAACUUUAAAUUUCGUUCCGACGUUUUCAACUACCAAAUUUUUACAUACAUACAUAUGCCCACAGAUAUGUAUGUAUACAUAUGAAAAAUAUACACACGCUCAUACAUACUUACCCCUAUGUACUUAGAAUUGAUGUUAAGUGCGUGAGGUGCGUACCGAGCCCUAACCGCCAAAAAGACGUAAGCGACUUUUUUCAAAAUUUUAUUUUUGAUUCAGAAAUGCAUUUAGAUGUUCUAGGAAUAUUUCUGCAUCAAAAAGAAAAUUUUGAAAAAAAUGUCGCUUACGUAUUUUUGUCGGUAAGGGCUCGAUAUGUACAUAUCUACAUUCAUACCUUAGUAUAGAAAGGCCCUUUCUAAAGCUUUUGUGGCUUUACAGAGUAGCUACAACACUUUAAAAAACUGAAGUUCUUAAGUUGGAAAUUCCUUCAAAAUCCUGGGUGUAAUAAACUUUCAAACUAAUUUAUUGAUGUAGUAGUUGUUUUUAAAUUAUUUUAGGCAGUUCGAAAGAAAAUGAGUU